AUGGUCAUACGAAAGAAGGGUAUGCCCACCUCGUAUUAUACAAUUGUGAAUGGCGUACGUAGACCGCGUGCAUGCAAAAAAAACACAAACAAACUGUCAGCACGAUCUACUCGCCCGCCCACCCUGUCUACUCGCCCGGUCCAUCCGAUCGCCGCCGCCGCGGAUCGCCGCCCUCCGACCCCGUCCGCCGCCGCCGUCCGAGCCCGUCCGACGCCGCCGUCGCCGUCCCAACGGCGUGCGUCGCCGCAUCUCACCGUCAUCGUCCACCGCCCGGACGUGAAGGCCCGUCUACUCGCCCGCCCACCCCGUCUACUCGCCCGCCCCAUCCGAUCGCCGCCGCCGCGGAUCGCCGCCCUCCGACCCCGUCCAACGCCGCAGUCGCCGUCCCAACAGCGUGCGUCGCCGCAUCUCUCCGUCAUCAUCCACCGCCCGGACGUGAAGGGCCCGACGUGCCACGCCGCCUCCGCACCACUCUCCCCACCCCCCGUCGCGGAUCCUGCCAAACAUCCGGCCGGUGGCUCGUCGUGCACGUCGUCGGCUGCUAGAUCCAAGGCGGGGACAGCUGCCGUCGUCGAACGCCGGCGACGCCUACACCGCAGGGCAAGGCGUGUUGACAUGGAGAAAGAAUCCGUAUUCGGGAGGGACGAGAAUGAUACUGAUAACGUGACUAAGACUGAUAACGAAAAUUUGAACGAAGAUGAUGACAGCAGCGACAAUGAUUCAGUCUCGUCAUAUGAUAUCUUACCUCCGGAUGAUUUUCAUAAUAAUGAACAUGGCGCAAAUAGUGAAAACGAAGAUGUGGAUGUUGACAAUGUGCAACAUAGUUGGCAGGAAUCAUUUGCAGAUAACUUGAGCCAGGAGGAGUCAGAUGGUCCUAGUGUUGAUCACGAUGAGGGAGAGAUCGAUAUUGAGGAGGCUCAAAGGCAGCAGAAGAUGCUUGAGACACAUUGGAAGGUCAUGGCUAUGACCUUUCGGUCGCAAGGGGAUGCAUACAUAUUCUACAACAAUCACGCCAGAGAGCACGGGUUUAGCAUCAGGAAACAGAAGAGAAAAAAUGAAGCUCAUUGCAAAGAGGGUGAUGCAGAGACGGCAGUUGGCAUUAUGAGGAGCAGGAAGGAGAAGGACCCUGAGUUUUUUUUGAGUAUGUGCGUGACAAGGAAGGGCGACUGA